AUGGUAAUAGAGUUGGGUGAUGUACUAGACAGCCACCAAUAUUCCGGCAUUUGUACCUUCAAAGAGAUUGGGAGUUUACGUUUGGAAAUAGACGAGAUUGUGAAAGAUGUCGGCUGCAUUCUUGUAGGCAAAGACAGAAAGAGAUUUGAGCAGGUGUUGGGAUGUUUCGGGUAUGGGGGCAGAAAUGAAGAAGGGGAAAGACUCCUGGAUUUGUGCCAGAGGAAUGGAAUGAAACUAGCAAACAGCUGGUUUAUGAAGAGAGAAAGUCAUGUUAUCACCAGAUAUAGUUCGGAUAGAAGAACCAAGAGUGUAAUUGAUUAUAUCCUAGCAAAUAGGGAAUGGGGAGAGAGAGUAACAAAUGUGAAGAUAAUUCCUAGUGUGAGUGCAGAUGGAGACCAUAGAUUACUGGUGGGACAAUGGAAAAUGGAUGAAUGUGUGAAAAAUAGAAAACAGUAUAAAGUGAUGAGGAUAUGGAAUUAG